ACUCCAAACCGAAGUUCUCUCUCAUCAGUGUUCCGAAGCUCUAACCCUGUCGCUGGUAAGUUUCCUUCUUCGAUUUCUGCUGUCUGAAGAUUGAAGCUGCUCGAAGGUCGAUCUGAUCCCUGGGAUUGAAUUUGGAUAUCACCAUAAUCUUCAAGCGUGGAAGAUCCUUACGCUCUAUCGCGAUCGAGUUCGUGUCCUUCUUCGAGGAAUCGGCGGAUCGGCAAAUGUCGGUUGUCUGAUUGAAUCAGGACGCUUAGCGUCAAGACGGUGCGGUGCUUUUUCAUUUUUGAUUGUCCAUCGGUUGAUGGGGCUUUUCCGUCCGGUUUCUGAAGGAAGGGUGUCCUGCUUCGCGCGGUGCUUGAUAUCCCCAAGUGCUUGAAUGAAGGGAGAAAUUGAACUUCAUUUUGUACUCUUACAUACUGUUCUCCAUGUUCAACUUCCGGCCAUUGUUUCUGUUCGACGGCCUUUAGCAGUUUAAGGCUUUUUUUGUUUGUUCCCGAUUUCUCUAUAUUUUGAGAGCAGGGGGAAGACAGGCCAUCUUAGAGAAGAUAUGUCGGUGUAUUAUAAGUUUAAAAGCGCGAAAGAUUACGACUCAAUUCCAAUUGAUGGUCCUUUCAUAUCAGUUGCCGAUUUGAAAGAAAAAAUAUUUGAAUCUAGGCAUUUUGGCAGGGGCAACGACCAUGAUCUCGCUAUUGCCAACGCCCGGACUAAAGAAGAGUACCUUGAUGAAGCAACUUUGAUUCCGAGGAAUUCAUCUGUUUUAGUUCGUCGACUUCCUGGACAACCUUGCAUGCGCAUAGUUACUGAACCAAUUAUUGAACAGGACAAGCCUAGGAUGGAAACUAAAAUGUCUGAUGGUGCUCAGGCAGUGAAGACUAGUUACCCAAGAGCUGAUUCAUCUGGUAUAGGACAUCCUGAAGAUACAGAAUGGGAUGAAUUUGGAAAUGAUUUAUAUGCAAUUCCAGAGGUUCAACCUUCUUUGUCUAGCAAGCUAAUACGGGAUGCUUCCCCUCCUAGAAAAGUUGAGAAGGACAGCAAGAUCAAAGCUUUAGUUGAUACCCCAGCACUGAAUUGGCAUAGGCAAACUUCUGACCAUUUUGUCACUGGUAGAGGUUUUGGAUGGGGUAUGCAUGGACGUGGUUUUGGUCGAGGUGGUUUUGAGCUGAAAACUCCUCCACAGGGCUAUGUGUGCCACAGGUGUAAGGUGCCUGGGCAUUUUAUUCAGCACUGCCCUACUAAUGGGGAUCCUAAUUAUGAUAUUAAAAGUGUUAAACCUCCAACUGGUAUACCAAGAACUAUGUUAAUGACAACUCAAGAUGGCUCAUAUGCGUUGUCAAGUGGAGCUGUUGCUGUUUUGAAGCCAAAUGAAGCUGCUUUUGAAAAAAAAAUUAAAGGAUUGCCUUCCACUCGUUCUGUUGGCAAUCUUCCGCCUGAAUUUCACUGUCCUUUGUGCAAACAAAUUAUGAAAGAUGCAGUGCUGACUGGAAAGUGCUGUUUUAGAAGUUUCUGUGACAAGUGCAUAAGAUAUCACAUCUCGUCUAAGUCAAUGUGUGUUUGUGGGACCACAAACAUACUUGCUGAUGAUAUUUUUCCAAACCUGACUUUAAGAGAGACAAUUAAUCGAACAUUGGUGUCCUAUAACAACAAUGCGAAUGGUGGUAGUGCUUCCCAAGUCCGAGAGAUGGACUCUAAGAUUCCACAGCCUGAGAUGGAGCUGAAAAUUCCAUCAGCUACUUGUGAUUUUGUGAGCAUGAAGGAACCUGCUUUCCAGGGGAGUGCUCUACCAGCUGAUGAAGGCGGCCAACAGAAGCCAGUUUGUGGUGAGGCAGGGAAGAAAAAGAAAAAGAAGAAAGCGCACUUCUCAGUGAAUGCUACAGAGCUUGAGUGGAAAAAUUCUCAAGACCAUGCUGCUAACUAUAUGAUGAAUCAGGGACAUGCUGCCUAUGAUCCCUAUUGUAGUGGUACGCUAGCUGGCAUGGAAGGAUAUGCAGCCCUUUAUGGUAGUUCCCUACCCUAUAUGGGUUACAGUCUUGGUCCUUUAGACAUUCCAUUUGGCAUCUAUCCGCAGGAUCCAUUUUUAGAACAAGGUUAUAUGAUGCCUCCAGUUCCAUCUGAUAGGGAUGUUGCAGACUUUGGGGGACACUUGAAUGCUGGACCACCAAUCAUGACCAAGGAGGAUUUUGAGGCUCAAAAAGCUAAUAUGAGGAGGAAAUGUGAAAUUGAGAGUAUGUUCUCACAUUAUGCACCAACUAGGAGAAAGAAGAAUGCUCUCACAAAUCGUGUGAUUCGCAUUUGUUUGUCUCAUUCUGCAAGCAAAUAAAGCUCGUGAUAUCUGCAGAAACACCUGUACGGGAGUUGAAUUAAGAGAGGAAUAGCUUUGUAAAAUUGAAAUAAGUUCUUGGGUAAUGCAUGAAGAAACAUUUUAGAAAAGACAUUGCAUGAGUUUCUGAUAGAUGGUGGUGAUAAAGGUUUCUAUCAAGCCGCUCUCAUAGGCCACAAAAAUUUGCCUGAAGAUACAGAAUGGGAUGAAUUACUAAAUGAUUUAUAUGCAAUUCCCAACCUGGGAUGCUUCCCCUCCCAGAAAAGUUGACAAGGACAGCAAGAUCAAAGCUUUAGUUAAUACCCCAGCACUGAAUUGGAAGAGUCAAACUUCUGACCAUUUUGCCACUGGUAGAGGUUUUGGACGGGUAUGUGUGGACGUGGCUUUGGGGUAUACUCUUGUACCAAUUUUGGUUUUGUGAUUAACUGUAUCUGUUCAUCAAAUGCAUGAAUCAUGUUGCUUAGUACUUUAGUCCAUAAUACCUAUUGUCUACUGUGAAUGUUUGUUUGGAUUGGUUUCUCUUGUAUUGUGGUGGUGGGUCACGUACAGUGCUUGCUUAGUAAUUAUGGUUUGGGGACUAAAGUUAAGUAUUUUAUUUCUGCUGGUCGAGGUGCUUUGGAGUGGAGAACGCCUUCACAGGGCUAUGUGUGCUACAGGUGUAAGGUGCCUGGUAUGUACAUUUGAUGAUUACUUUUUUUUUUUUUUGAUGAUUACUUUUGAACUUAUAAUAAGAGGAUGGACAAAGAGGAAAGAACUAUACUGGCGAAAGAAUUAAAAUAUAUUUAUAUAAUUUUUUGUUCGGGGCAUUUUAUUCAGAACUGCCCUGCUAGUGGGGAUCCUAAUUAUGACAUAAAAAGAGUAAAAACCUCCAACUGGUAUACCAAGAACUAUGUUAAUGACAACUCAAGAUGGACCAUAUGCGUUGCCAAGUGGAGCUGUUGCCAUUUUGGAGCCAAAUGAGUAAGAUUAUUGCUUCAGCAUGGAAUCUUGUAUUGUUUUCUUUUGCUAGGAUUCUUCUUUGUUUUGCUUUCUUUUUCUUCUUCUCUCGAAGCCACUGUUGGUUUUCUUUUUCUUGCUUUGUUUCUGGACCACCUUCAUACGAGUGUUUAUUCUCCAUUGGAUCUCUUGCUUGCUUUUGAGAGAAAAAUUGAAGGGCUGCCUAGCUUCCACUCGUUCUGUUGGGGUGAUCUUCCACCUGAAUUUCACCCUUCUUUGUGCAAAAACAGUUAUGAAACAUGUAAUGCUGACUGGCAAGUGCUGUUUUAGAAGUUCUUGUGACUGAGUGUAUACAUUUUUUAAAUAACACUAGUUUUGAAGAAUUUUGGGAUGUCCAUAGUAUUUAACUUUGUUUGGUCUGCCUUGUCCUUGUUCCAGCUGGGGGAGCGGCAUUAUUUUAGAUGUCAAUGGUGGGUGUUUCUUCUUGUAUUUGCUGUUCUUGCUCCUCACUUAAAUGCUUUUAGUUUUAUUAUUAUUAUUCUCAGGAAGUUACCUUCUAAAUGUUUAUGUUCGCCUCCACUCUCGUCUUCUGUAUAAUAUUAGAGUGGUGGUGAGGUCAUGGUUUCC